UUGUGGUUUUUCUCAUCAGUGCCAGCGCAGUUUAUACCAGGAAGGACGGGGGCCGGUUUACUUUUGCUUAACGGUUUUACAUUUUAUGUGAAAAACCACCAAGCGCAUGGGAAGAAGCAGUGGUACUGUUCCUCUAGAGAUGUUCAUGGCUGUCGUGCUGAUGUCAUCACUUAUAAAGGAUUUGAUGGACGUAUUUACUAUCUGCCAUCGCAUAGAACUGGGAGUAUGGUUCUUAUCUUCAAGGACAAUAAGUAUUGGAUAAACAACAGGUAUCAGAAUACUAUAAAUUGGACGUGCAGGGAUCGGAAACGCCUCGGUUGUAACAGCUGCGUGCAGACAACUGUUGAGGGCCGCUACAUAAAACAUAAAGGGUUUCACAAUCACGAGGAUAAUUACACGAAAUAUAACUUCAAUGAUUAA